AUGGUCGCCCGCCGGGGCUUCCACUCCACCCGAGCUCAAAUGUCAUCCCCAUACCAUUACCCUGAGGGCCCACGAAGCAACAUUCCGUUCAACCCACUGACGAAGUGGUUUGCUCUGAGAUACUGGACCUUUAUGGCUGUUGGAUUCGGCGCUCCCUUCGGUGUUGCAGUUUGGCAGACAUACAAGAACAAGUAA